UCUAUAAAUAACUGCCAAUUAAGCGAAAUCUCUGACGUGCACAUGUCGUAGGUGUAAUUGAAAGCUUCCGAAACUAUUUGUAAUAAAAUGUCAGUAAAAAGCUAGCUAUUUUCAGACUAGUAAUUCAAAAUUUUUGUAAACAUAUAUUUAUUAUGAAGUUAUACUGGAUUAACUCAAAUAUAUAUUUCAGGAUUUAUGACAUAACGAGGCUCCGGGUUUAAUUUGAAAUCCUUUAUUUUUAACCGUGAAUAAAUAUAGCACGACAGACAGACAAUGGUAUGCCCGGGACUAGAACAAAGCAUUUGCGAGGCAGAUGUCUUCAAUGUUAAUUAAUUCUAUCCUCCAAUUUUCUCUCGUAUUUUCAUAAAUUUAUAUCAAAUAGUAGUCUGUUGUGUCGCAAUUUUAUUUUGAUUAAAGUUGCUGAGCUCACGUGGUAAUCUUUCUUGGUUUUUCAAUUCAAACAUUUUAGGUGAGGAAUGUUAAUGUAGUCGGGAUUGUCGAAACAUUUAUCAUAGUCUUAGGCAUUCAUCUUAUUGAUGUACAAUCAGUAAACAUAAUAACAGCACAGUCGUUUUAAUAAUUUCAUUGUUGAAGUUAGUGCAGAAAAAAUUGGCCUCAUUUUUUGAAAUUUAAUGGGUUUUGUUUUUUGGAUCACCAUGUUUGACAAUAUUUUAUAAAAAGUGAGCAAUCGAUAGUCAUCGUACACAGAAAUACUUGCUAGUUUGUCCGAGCAAUUCUGUCAGACAUAACGACACAUUGUUUUGAAUUAAACCACUUAUUCGCAACCGAAGUAUCCAAUUUCCCACUUUAUUGUUAUCAACUAUUGAAGCGUAACUACAAUCCGUAACAUUGUCGUAGUUCUGUUUCGGCAACUACAACAUCAAUUCGUUAAUGUUUAACUGAAAUAAGAAAAACUGAAAGCGUGGUAGUUGGUGAAUUGACCAUUUAUACAGCUAAAUAUUGGUAACCACAAUCUAUUUAACUCCCUGUUCACAUGGUUACACUCAUUUAUGUGAUGCUAGAUUUUCAACACUCGUUGACAUCAAGAGCAGGAAGAGGCUGAUGGGAUUGACACUGUUGUGUGAAAUCAGUGAAUGUCACAACAACGCAGUCGUUUCAAUACUCUUAUAGUUGAGCAGAAGGAUUCAGUCGAAUAUUAGAGUAGCGAGCUGAGAAAAGGCUCAAACUCAAUUCUCUUAUUAGCAAUGUUAAAUUAGACGGGAGGUUUAUUCCAUCUCUCAUGGGAACCGACGCAUAUCGAAAGGUGCUGCUCGGUUAGUCGUACGCUGUCGCAGCAUGUAGCAUGAAACACGGUGAUGCAGUAACGAUAGCCAUUCUUGCUGUCUAUUUUUGGUAUGGAUUUAUGUUAUUUUCAGAUAUGAGCCUUCAAUUAUUUAUGGAUAGUUGGCAGAAUAUGUUGAGAAAGCUGAAAAAUAAAAGAAGGAUCAUCUUAUUGUUUAUUUCUGUUGUAAUGAUCACUGCAUCAUAUCAUUUGAUGUAUUCGAGAAGGUAUUCAGUUUCCGAGCAAAUAAAAGCAUCUACGAAGUUAUCGAGAUGGAAGGAACAAUUAUUAGUGCCUCGUAUGAGUAAACCUUGUCUACGCAGCUUUAACGAAUCAAAUCAACAUGGGAAAAAGAAUAGAAUUAAGAUCAUUCAAUCAAAAUUUAAAAAGUAUUGGAUUACAAUAUCAGCAUUAUUCAUAAAUCAAUCGGGACGAAAUGGAAAUAUCCUUCAGUCUCUUCGGGAUGGAUACGAUACUCUCGUCAGUCAGUUUGAUACCGUCGGCCGAUUUCUCGAUGGUGAACAAUGCGAGACCGAAAACAAAUCAGAAUUCAAGGUUUUGUGGAAUUUACUUGAGGAUGUCAAGAACUACUGGCUACACAUCACAUCAUCUGCUCGAAAACUCGAUCUACCAAGCACCGUGCAUAUGAAUGUAAAUGAUGGAUACAUAGAUCUGCGGAAGGAAAUAAAAGAAGUUAUGGAUGAGUCGAGUGGAGUUGCUAGAAAAAAUAUGAAGAAGUUACAAACCAUUGUACAAGAUACGAUACAAAAACAGCAGAAUCCUGUGGAUUGUAAAAAGGCCCAACUUCAUGUUUGUAACGUACGAAACAUAGCUGGAUUUGGUAGCGAAUUGCAUUCCAUAAUACAAUGCUUCCUUCCUGCGUUUGAACAACAAAGAACUCUAAUUUAUCGGAUGGAAGGAUGGAAAUACGACUCUGAUGGUUGGAGUCAUAUCUUUGCUCCACUGAGUGGCUGCGACGACUUCAAAAUACCAUUAUUUUCUCUCUAUAAGUCUGAAAUUAGACGUGUUAUUCCUCCUAAAUUGAUGUUCGGACUUCUGGACCCAGUUGACUUCGUGGUGAGAGGAGGUCCUGCACUAGCACCUGGGUGGACAGCAACAUCAAUCCCAUGCGAAAUAGCAAAUGAUCUUGUAGAAAAUCAUGGGCAUCCUUAUGUGUGGUGGAUAUCACAAUUUGUUGGAUAUGCUAUGAGGAUGCAAUCUGAACAUAAGAAAAAAAUACAGAAUAAAUUGGAAGAAACUGGUUUCAAACAUCCAAUAGCUGGAAUUCAUAUCCGACGAGGCGACAAAUUGGAGUUGGAAGCCUCAAAACAUGAAGUUGAAGAAUAUAUGUUUUUUGUUGAAGUUUGGUUCGACGAACAAAAUAUAAAACAACGAAGAGUUUAUGUUGCAACAGACGACAAUUCGGUUUUAGGGGAGUUGAAAAACAAAUAUCCAAAGUACGAAUUUAUUGCGACACCAACCGACACUAAUCAAGAAGGCGUUGGAGGCCUAGAGGGUAUACUCACAGACGUGCAUAUACUUUCACAGUGUGAUUUCGUUGCAUGUACAGGAACUUCUAAUAUCUGUCGACUAGUAUACGAACUAUUGACAUUUCAUCAUAACGAUGCCCCGUUUAGAUGGCAAUCGGUUGAUUGUUUGUAUUAUUUAAAUGGAAACGAGUAUCCAUAUGUGGCAACGUCGAAUUAUUCGGGUUAUGGAGGCAUGAAAUUAGGUGAAGGAGAAUACUUAGAAAUAGUGCGAUCUGCACCUUCAUAUGUUCCUGACGGAUUAGCUUAUGGCGAAGAUCUGAACAACGGGGAAAGCGGGAGUAUGCCCUUCUAUAAAAUUAAACCGCUUGAUGUGUGUAAGAAAAUGCCGGGAUUUGCAAUGAAAAACCUCAGUAACAUAAUUUCAGAUGAGAAAAACUGAACGUUUAUGCAAUGCUUUGAAAUGUGACAGCCCAAAAAUUACUUGGCCUGAUUAUAUAUGAACGUCAGUACUAUCUUGUGACAGUUAGAAGUUAAACAAAAUCGAAAUGCAGAUGAGACACAACACUAUGGUACAAAUUUACUAUGCUGGAAUUUCAAGAAAAACGCUAUGCUUGAUAUUGUCAUAUUUUCACUCGUUCCAUU